AUGGGGAAAAUUGGUGGAAAAAAUGUGGGCGCCCCCAACCAGCUGCGGCUGCAGCUGCAGCAGCGCCUGCAGGGCCAGCAGCAGUUGCUGCAGCAGAACCGGCAGGCGGCGCUGCUCGGACACUUCGGGGCCCCCGUGGGGCUCUCGCUGCGCGCCGGGAUCCCGCAGCAGCCGCAGCCGCAGCCCCCCCUGAACGCGCAGAUGCUGGCGCAGCGGCAGCGGGAGCUCUACAGCCAGCAGCACCGGCAGCGGCAGCUGAUGCAGCAGCGCGCGCUCCUCAUGCGCCAGCAGCAGCAGCAGCAGCAGCAGCAGCAGAAUUUCGGGAAUUCCGCCAUGGGAACGCCGCUGGGAACGCCGCGGCUGCCGCAGGGCGGGGCGCAGCAGUUCCCGUUCCCCCCCGGUUACGGUACGAGCGGCGGCGGCGCCGGCGGCUUCGGCGGCCCCGAGGCGGCGGCGCUGGGGAGCCGCGGGGGCCUGGGCGGCCGAGGGAUGAUGGCAGCGCCCUUCGGAGCCGGGAUGGGCCCCGCCGGAAUGCAGCAGAACCUCUUCCAGUACUCGGGGGCAGGGAUGGCGCCGCAGAGCGAUCCGGCGGGAUUCGCGCCGGCGCUCAGCCCCGGCAGCCCCCUGAUGUCGCCGCAGCUGCCGCCGGCGCCGCCCGCGCCCGGCUACCAAUCGCCGGAGCUGAAAUCCUGGCAGGCCGGAGCCGUCGGGAAUAACGGUGUUUUCGGGCCGGCGGGCGCGGCGGCGCCGCAGGGGAUGUACAACAACAUGAGCAUCACCGUCUCCAUGGCCGGCCCCGGCCCCGGCUCCGGCUCCGGCGGCUCCGGCGGCGUUCCCGGCGGCGUUCCCGGCAUGGGCGCCAUGGGCGGCGGCAUUCCCAUGAAUCCCGUCAUGGCCGGCAUCAACUCCAUGUGCUCGGAGCAGGUCCCGGACGCGGCGCUGAGGCCUCCAGGGCUCUACUGCAACCAGCUGGGCUCGGGCGAGCUGCUCAAGGCCGAGGCCGACGGCGCCCAGGUGCAGCAGGUGCAGGUGUUCGCCGACGUGCAGUGCACGGUGAAUCUGGUGGGAGAUCCCUACCUCAACGCGCCGGCUCCGUUGGCCAAUCCCAAAAAUCCCGCUGCUCCGCCGCCGCCGCCGCCGGGACAAGGGAAGAGCCUCCUGCAGCAGCUGCUGACGGAAUAGAGGCCGGAACGCCGGGAAUUCCCAAAAAAAAAACAACCCCAAAACUCGGGAAAGAUGGACGCGAAAAAAAGAGAGAGAGAAAAUUA